AUGAAGACCUUCACCAUCGCUGCCUUCGCCGCUCUGGCCUCCGUUGGAACUGCCCAGCUCAGCAACAUCCCAUCUUGCGCCCUUCAAUGCUUCCUCGCUCCCCUCCAGAGCGACGGCUGCUCCUCCCUCACCGACUUCGAGUGCCACUGCAAGAAGGGUGCUGAGCUCCUCGGCAAGGUCCAGCCUUGCGUCCAGGGUGCCUGCGAGCAGGAGGACCAGGCCAAGGCCAUCUCCGCCGUCCAGGACACCUGCAAGGCUGCCGGUGUUCCCAUCAACAUCCCCGGUGCCAGCGCUGCUCCCUCAAUGGCCAGCUCUGCUGUCGCCAGCGCCACAUCCGCUGCCGCCUCCAUGGCAUCUUCUGCCGCCGCCUCUGCCUCCUCCAUGGCUUCCUCCGUCAUGUCUGAGGCCUCCUCCGCUGUUGAGUCUGCUGCUUCCUCCAUGGCCUCCGAGAUGUCCUCCGCCAUGAUGACCGGUACCCCCACUGCCAGCGAGAGCAUGAUGAGCAUGACCCCCUCUGCUUCUAUGUCCGAGUUCACCGGUGCCGCUGCCCAGGCUACCCAGGCUGUCGGUAUCCUCGGUGCCGCUGCCCUUGCCAUGCUCGCUUUGUAG